CGCGUGUGUGCGUGCGUGUGUUGGCGGAUUCCCAUCACAACCAAGAUGGCGGCGGAGCGGACAGCCGGCUCGGCACAGUGAGUGACAGGAGAAGCAGCCUCGGUCAGUUGGACAGCUAACAGUUAGACUCUGAGGGGGAGAAAAAUACAAUAACAACGCAUCCCGCACCGUUCAUCUCACCUUCUGUAAUGCAACAGCGUCGGUAGAAGCCAGACACCGUCCGAAGUUGUGUGCGAGGACUAAUCUGACGUUCACAAGCGGGGUAGUUGGCGGGGAUGGGAAAUGAUGGAGGACAAAGGCCCUCGUGUAGCCGACUACUUUGUGGUGGCUGGUCUGACGGACCCGUCCAAGCCGUUGGACCAGGAGAUCCACUUUGAUGAUGUCUGCCACAAGACGGCCAGGCCUAAGGCACCCAUCACAGAUGUGGCAGUGGUGAUCCGCUCAGUGGGGGAGGAGGUGCCGCCAGGGUUCACAUGCAUAGAAACAACACCGACAGGCCAAUCGGCUGAUCUUAACAACGGUGCCCUCAUGGCGCCGCAGAUCUUAUUGUGCUACAGGCGAGGUCGUGACAAGCCACCGCUAACCGACUUGGGUGUGCUGUAUGAGUGGAAGGAGCGUCUGAAGCAGGGCUGCCACCUUAUCCAAACCACACCUUCUGGUCGCCCAGCCAACAUCAGUGGCAAUUCCUCCCAACGCAUCUACAUCACCUACCGCCGGGCUCCCGAGAGCCAGCCGCACGCCGCCUUGGCCGUCACAGAUGUCUGCAUCAUCAUCCCGAGCAAAGGGGAGACCCCACCACACACUUUCUGCAAGGUGGAGAAGAAUCUCAACAGCAGCAUGUGGGGAUCCUCAGUCUACCUGUGUUACAAGAAGUCUGUGGCCAAAACCAACACAAUAGCGUACAAAGCAGGUUUAUUCAGCAGAUAUCCAGAGGAGGACUAUGAGUCAUUCCCUCUGCCAGAGUCUGUUCCUCUCUUCUGCCUUCCCAUGGGGGCCACAAUUGAGUGCUGGCCAGCUAACACCAAAUACUCCCUCCCUGUUUUUUCCACCUUUGUCCUCACCGGAGCCUCUGGAGAGAAGGUUUACGGUGCUGCCAUUCAGUUCUAUGAGCCCUACCCACAGGAGUGCCUGACCGAUCAGCAGCUCUCCCAGCUGGGUCUCCUGAUCCCCGACCCUCACAAACCGUCUCCCUCCAGCUGUAUGGCCGCUGGCACCAGCAGCACCGCAAACGGCAGCCCGCGCUCAGUCUACACCAACAAGUGUAUCUGCCUGCUCUCUCACUGGCCCUUCUUCGAUGCUUUCCGCAAGUUCCUCACAUUCCUCUAUCGCUACUCCAUCUCAGGCCCUCAUGCCCUGCCCAUUGAGAAGCACAUCUCGCACUUCAUGCACAAAGUUCCCUUCCCUUCUUCUCAGAGGCCUCGCAUCCUUGUGCAGCUUUCCCCUCAUGACAGCCUGAUGCUGAGCCAGCCGGUCUCUUCUCCAUUACCGCUCAGUGGUGGUCGAUUUUCCACACUGCUCCACAACCUUGGGCCAGAGAACGCUGUCACCUUGCUGGUGUUUGCUGUCACUGAACAUAAGAUCCUGAUCCAUUCACUACGCCCGGCCGUACUGACCAGUGUUACUGAGGCUCUCGUGUCUAUGAUUUUUCCGUUCCACUGGCCCUGCCCGUAUAUUCCUCUGUGCCCCCUGGCGUUGGCUGAUGUGUUGAGUGCCCCCUGUCCGUUCAUUGUAGGCGUGGACUCUCGCUACUUUGAUCUUUAUGAUCCCCCUCCGGAUGUCAGUUGCGUGGACCUGGACACAAACACCAUCUUCCACCAUGAAGAUAAGCGAGCCCUCACAUGGAAGAUUCUGCCAAAGAAAGCUUGUAAAAACCUAAUGAAUGUGCUGAAUAAUCUCUACCAGCAGCUUGUUGAUGGUCAGUACCGACCAGAUGGGCUGCUGGAGCUGAGCAUGAGCGAUUCGUCAGAGUUGAGCUGUGGGAAGAGUCUCCACACACUGGAGCUAGAGAUCCAGGAAGCCUUUCUGCGCUUCAUGGCAGCAAUUCUGAAGGGCUACCGCUCCUUCUUGCGCCCCAUCACUCAAGCGCCUUCAGAGAAAGCCACAGACGCUAGCUCACUCUUUGACUUGCAAGGGUUCUUGAAGAGCCGCGACCGCUCACACCAGAAGUUCUACUCCCUAAUGACGAAGACCCAGAUGUUCAUCCGCUUUAUCGAAGAGUGCUCCUUUGUCAGCGACAAAGACGCCAGCCUGGCCUUCUUUGACGACUGUGUGGAUAAACUUUACAAUUCAGAGCGGGGUGCAGAUAAAGGAGGCAAGGUGGACAGCGACAGGCCGGAGGAGACCCGGCUUAUAGAGAUUGAUGAAUCCCAGCGUAGUGAGCACACAGUCUUCAUCACGCCUCCAGAGCUGCCUCCUCUGCCCGAGGGAGAGGAGCAUCCACUAUGCUACAGGUAUGAUGGUUUCCCAGUGUUGAGUUUAGAUCUAUUUGACCCCGUGGAAGGUCUGCAGACGCCCUCCUCCCGCCUCGCUGCCAGGCACAGCUGUCCCACCAGCCCUGCCCCCAUGUUUAGACGCACCAAGCAGGAGAUCAAAUCAGCCCAGAAGAUUGCUAAAAAGUACUCAUCCAUUCCUCAGCUGUGGUCCAAGUGCCUGCUGCGUCACUGCUACGGCCUGUGGUUCAUCUGCCUGCCAGCA